GCCAUGGGAAGCCAAAAGGAAGAACAGGGAAGCGAACAACAGCCCAGAACAGUUACCUUUCUGGCACCUCACAGUGACAAGAAACUGUCGCUUGAAGUAACAAACUUAGGGUCUGGUCCCCAGGAGCACCCUGAAGCCCAAAACACUAAAGGAAAGGAAUGUGAACAAAUGGCUAUCCACAGAACAGUGGAUAGCACCAAAGAGGAAGGAAACGAAGAAGCCAGAACUGCCCAAGAACCUGAAAUAGCUCAGAAACAGACCUUCCUUCCACCCCCUCAUCUAGAGGACAGAAGCUAUUCUGAAGAUGAGCAGGAGUUCAUCCCUAGCCUGUGCCAGGCAGCAAACUGCCCCUACGACACAGACUUCAAGAUAGUCCACCAGAAACAUGGUGGAGGACAUAAGAUAAUUUUUGUCUGUGUCAGACAUACUGAUAUGGCCUUUGAUGGCUACCGUAAAACAACAGUCAAAGCUGUCAGCCCUUCCAGACAAUCAAUGGCCUACACUGCACCAGCUACUCAAACUGGCAACUUUAUCAGUGAAUCCCUGGUAGAAAGAAUAGUGUCUGAACAAACUGAGAUAUUCGAAAAAGAGGUAGUUGCUGGCCAAAGCAAACAAACCUCUUCAAAAGAACCCACUGGAUCUGCCAAAAAACUUAAAACCAACAGGGAAAGGGCCAAUCCAUACUCCACCAAAAAAGCUGCAACUGACAGGUCCCAAAGUGGCAAACCCUCUACGACCCCAAAGAAACUGGAACUGGCAACAGGAACAGUAGCAAACCCAGUUGUAGUUGAGGAAGCUGCCUCCCCAGACUCAAAUGCCACCAUCCCCAUCAUCGAACAGUACACAGUACCAAAUGUCGAAUCCCCCCCCUUUCCAUCUAAACCCUCAGCAGAAAACUGCAUCGAAGUGACAUUGGAGGGCAAACCUACUCUCUUGGCAGCCUCAUGGAAACCAAGACAUCUUCUUACCUUGCAGUCAAAAGCAACUAACACAAAUAGGGAAUACUGGGUCCUAAUGAAUGGCGAAACUACUAAGCCACUUCCUUUUAGUUGGUCCUUUGGGAGACUCCAAGAGGAGAACAUCAUUAAGUCCGGUGACAUUUUGUGGUUUAAACAGAGAGUUAGCAAAACCAACUACUCGUCAUCAGAGGAAGAGACCCUAAACACCCAAUUAAACAAUGAAUAA